AUGCCUCGACGCGGCCAAAUAGGUCUCCUUGUGUUACACGGGCCGUCUCGUAAAGAGAAAACGGGAUGGCAUCUCAAUUCCCCGCUUUUCGUAUUCUUCGCCACCCUACGAGCAUGUCGCGCUGCAACCACAACCUCAAUCAGGAUCCUCGAGCUCCAACCCUGCGAAGGAACAGAUAUUAUCGCAUGCCGCCUCUCCGUCCUAGAGUCUGCUGGGGCUCUACCAUACGAGGCGAUCUCCUACGCCUGGGGCCGAGAGACGGACACGCGGGUUAUCAAUUGCGAGAACCGGAAGCUGCACGUGACCGCCAACCUCCGCGACACCUUGUGGAGGAUCCGAAUUCCUGUGGAGGUCAAAUUUCUCUGGGCAGAUGCCGUGUGCAUCAAUCAGAACGACAAUGAGGAGCAUGGGUUUCAGGUCCGGCAGAUGCUUUCUGUAUAUGCGAAUGCCGUGAGGGUGCUGGUGUGGAUUGACCUGCCGAGCUCAGCAUUCAAGAACUUUGAGGAUUUGUUUGAUUCUGGUUCUGAUGGGUCCGAUUUGGGAAAUGAGGAUACGGUGCCGAUUGGAAAUGCAAGUCGCAUUCUGAAUGAGCAUGUUGCGAAGUUGGAGGUUCCUAGAAUAAGAAUGGAAGAUCUGGAUCCCGACACGAGCGUGGUAGCGAGGAAAUCCAAUGUUUAUACGACGUUUCCUGCAAGAUCGAAAGAGUUGAAUGGAGAGGUGGACGACGACUAUGAUUUCCUGGAAAUGCUGGAGGUCACCCGGAAUAAGAAGGCCAGCGAUCCACGGGAUUAUGUCUAUGCGUUGCUGGGACAUCCGAGUGCCUCGAUCAAUGGGGUUCCAAUCAUUGAGCCCGAUUACAACAAGUCUCCAGAAGAGUUGUAUUUCGAGGUGACGAUGAAGAUCUUGUCGCAGAGCAAAAGUCUCCGAAUCUUAUCUGCUGUUCAGCAUGGCGAUGGGAGUCUGGAUGGAGAAUCCGGCUCCUGGAUACCCUCUUGGAGCCGCGGUUAUGAUGCAUCUGCCGGCAUGGCAGCGUUCUGGAAUCUAGUCGAGCCAGGUCGAUCACUGGAUGCCCACGGCUUUUUCCUUGAUGUGGCCGAAGAGUACAUCGAGACAGAAGAAUUGAGCCAUGGUAAAAGCGUUGUUCUAAAAGAGGUGGAUGAGUUGUUGUCAGAUGUCUUGCGUUUCAGGACGGAUAGCAAUGCUUCUCCUGAGGACAAACUAGCCGCCGUAGGCCAGACACUUACCGCCGGGUUCAGAAAUCAAGCUCCAGCGCAGUUUGCCGCCGAGUUCGCCGCUUUUCGGCUGUAUCUAGCUGAUGAGGCUGAAAAGAAAGGGAGAGAGACGAGUUAUGAAUUGUGUCCAGAAAGCAAGGAAGCACUCCAUCGCACUGCAAAUGGCAGGAGCGUAGAUGACAUGUACUGGGUUGCAUCUAGGUUCUGCACUGGCAGGAAAGUCUUUUGUACCAAGCAAGGCACGCUUGGUCUCGGACCUGCUCUUCUGCGAGAGGGAGACUUAUGCUGUGUUCUGUUUGGUGCUCGAGUUCCGUUCAUCCUGCGGAGAAUGAGAGAUAACUAUCAAUUAGUGGGAGAGUCUAUUUGCAUGGGAUUAUGA